AUGAAGAUCAUAACCACCCUAAUUUGCUUUUUGAGCAUUUUGCAAUACACAAAUGCUCUGAAUUUGAACGAUAUUAAAAAAAUGAAGACCAAUCCAACCACGAUUGCAACCACGACUACAACUGGUGCUCCAGAAUACGUCACUUUUACAAUGACGACUCCUGGUGCCAUGCUUACUGAUUGUCCAGCUGGAUGUGCAUCUGGUUGGCUGUAUUAUGGAUCCAAAUGUUAUAAGAAGUUUGACACUCCUGCAACACACAGCCAAGCUGUUACAAACUGUCAACUCCAGGGAGGAGAAUUGGUGCAAAUCGAGAGUUCCAGUGAAAACGAUGCGUUGAGAAAGGCUUUCGACACGAAUGCGUUGGUUGAUGAAACCAAAGAAACGUGGAUUGGCUUGGCAUCGACUUCUGGUUCCUGGAAAUGGACAGACGGCUCCACGGCAAGCUUCACCAAUUGGGCCCAAACUCAACCGUCUUCCGGCCAACAAUGCGUCCAAAUGAUCACCGAUGCAUUGACCAACUCGACCUAUCAAUAUCAACGUGGCGGAUGGAAGACGUAUGAUUGCUCCAAAACAUCUGCAAGCUACAUUUGUGAAAGAGAUGCAAAUGUUUAA